AUGCUUGGGAAAAGGUACAAUGAAUCUACAAGCGUUCAAACUAUGUGUCAUUAUCCACAUUUACCUGUGGAGGACAUAAUGAUACCAAUUUACAACACGACUAACUGUCUCAUGACUGAACAGUCGGUAGAAGAAGGGAUAAUCUAUGUGUGUGGCUGUACCAAAGAACAUGAAUGCAAUGAUAAGUUGAUAUUUGCUCCAGAAAUAAAUGAGUAUCCAAUACCCCAAAGCCAUGAGGUGAUUCCUGUGGCUGUAUUGAGCCUACUUCCACCUCUUCUGGUUGCUCUCAUGGUAACAAUGGGAUUUUAUCUCUAUCGCACCCGAGAACAGAGAAAAGUGACCAAAGAGUGGCCUCAGAAACAGAUACAGCACCAAAGCUUAACCAGGGCCAAUGAAGGAAAACUUGGAGAGUACAAUGGGAAGUGUACUGUGAUGGUUGAUGAUGGCCAUUCUGACAUAAGUGCAACAUGUGCAAACAAUCUCAAUCAUAAUAAUGAAUUGUUGCCCAUUGAACUGGAUGCCAUGGUUGGAAAAGGCAGAUUUGCAGAAGUCUGGAGAGCAAAGCUGAAACAUAGUGCUUCAGAACAGUAUGAAACUGUAGCAGUGAAAAUCUUCCCCUGUGAGGAAUUUACAUCAUGGAAAAGUGAAAGAAAGAUUUUCUCUGAUGCUGAUCUCAAACAUGAGAGUGUAUUGCAGUUUCUGACAGCAGAGGAUAGAGGAAGAGGAAUAGAAAAGCAAUAUUGGCUUAUCACAGCCUAUCACGGCAUGGGAAAUCUGCAGGAUUACUUGACCAAUCAUAUUCUGACCUGGACAGAGAUGCACAUGAUGGCAGGAUCCCUAGUAAACGGGAUUGCUCACCUCCACAGUGACUAUACUGCUUGUGGCACCCCAAAGAUUCCUAUAGCUCACAGAGAUAUAAAAAGCACAAACAUUCUGGUUAACAAUGAACGGGAGUGUGUCCUGUGUGACUUUGGGCUGGCUCUACGGCUUGACCCAUCUCUAACUGCAGACAAUUUUGCCAACAGUGGUCAGGUUGGCACUGCUAGAUACAUGGCACCUGAAGUUCUAGAAUCUCGUGUUAAUCUAGAAGAUCUUGAGUCAUUUAAGCAGAUGGAUAUUUACUCAAUGGCCCUGGUUUUAUGGGAAAUGGCUUCUAGAUGUGAAGUAAUUGGAGAGGUUAAAGGUUAUGAGUCACCCUUUGGCUCAAAGGUACGUGACCACCCCUGUGUUGAAAGCAUGAGAGAUAUUGUGCUACGUGAUAGAGGCCGUCCUGAAAUACCCAGCACCUGGCUACUCCAUAAAGGUAUGCAUUUCCUGUGUGAUACUAUAAUAGAGUGUUGGGACCAUGAUCCCGAGGCACGACUUACAGCACACUGUGUAGCUGAACGAGUCAAUCUAAUGGUACAGAUGAAGUGUGAAGAUUUUCUCAAUAACAACACGGACAAUGAAACAAGUAAGGAAAUACUUGGUGAACCAUCAGAUUCUGGAAGCCAUGUUGGCCAAAAUAUGACCGUCAAACUAGUCACAGAUGUGUGAACAACUACAAGGAAAAAAAGAAAAACAAACUAUGGUCUCCUUGUGCAUGAAACAUUAAGUAAAAACAAGAAAGAUGUCAACUAGGAAUGUAACAUAGAUUCAGUGCAUCAUCAUAAUCGUCUGGUAUUGACUUCAUGGCAUUGAGUUGGCGACAGAUAAUGGUAUAAGCUGAUCUAAGAAUAUUUGUUCAACUUAGAACUCCAAGCCAUCAUACUCCAAAGAAUCCUGAGUCAGCCAUUUUGCCCGUGUUAUGGGUUAAGCACUAAAUGCUUGGAGUAGAAAGCUGAUGCUGAUACAGCAUAAAAUGUUUCCAAUUAAUUGUACUUUCAAUUAAUACCUGAACACAAUGAAUAGGCCAAUC